AUGUCCUCGUCUUCCUCUCUUUCUCCUCCACCACGCAUGCAUUCGCCCCAGCCUAUCCAGGCUCCACUGCCCUCUCCCCCAAUCCUCCCUAGACGAUCGUCUCGCAACCGCCUUCACCUCCCUGCGCACCCGGAAGACCCUCCUAUCCCACCGCGUCUUAUCGGCUCGCCGCUCCUCAAGAAAAUGACCGUCAGGCCCGACGAGCCUCAUCUCCUCAGCACAAAGGCGCAAUCAGAGCUCUGGAUCGAUGGUGAUGAGUUUGGCACACGGCGAAGGCAGAGCGCGUCGCCCAUGGCGUCCCCGCCGCUAUCGACAUCGCCGUCCUCGCCCCGGUACGGCCACCGCCGCUCGUCCUCUAUAGUCGGCGCCAACCGCUCCCGCUCGCACUCUCCGCCUCCUACGCCCGCGCUCGCGAGCCCGCCACCACCCGUACCGCCCAUCCCCUCAUUCGCGCUCGCCACUCCUGGCGCCAAGCGGUCCGUCGUACGCUCGCCACCUGCACACCGCACCCAGAUCCAAAUCCCCAAUCUGGACCUCGCACCCCAGUACACGCUGACCUCGCCUUCGAAGUCAAACAGGUGGGCCCGCCCCAAACCUUACUCCCAGGCGCGUGUUGAACUCUCGGUGUUCCAUAGCAGCCCACGACGGGUGGCGGCGUGA